AGCAAACAUGUCUGUAACCGUGUUUGAAAAAUUGGUGUGUGAAAAUCUAUACCUUUUGGAAUUCAAUAAAUAAGAAUUGUUCAACUUAAGAUGAAGUGAUAAUUUUUUUUAAAAAUAAAUUUUAUGAGUAAAAAAGUUCAAAAAAAGGGGAAAAAAAAAAAAAAAGGUGUGCUGAAAAUAAAUAAUCAAUAAAACGAGGCCACGAAAAUGGGGUGAAAGAUUCGUGGCUAGUUGAAGAAGAACUACCUUUUGGGCUCCAAGGCAGCCCUGGAGUUGGGACCUUGAUACUUUCCUUCUGUGUUAGCCUUUUUUACUUUCUGGGUUCUUCCAUGGCCGUUUCUUUUUCACGUCCUCACAUUCCUCUUUUCCAAACCCGCCGCCAAAUCUCUUCCAUUUCAAACAACUUUCAUCGCCGCCACUGUUUUCCAAGACCACCCGUUUCUCCACCGUUGAAAUCUUGGCGAGGCGGCAAGGAUAGGAGUGGAAUUUCGGCAAAGUGCAGUCUUUCCGGUGAAUUUGAUCGUGUUAGCGACGACGAACAGAGCUUUAACUCUGUGGAAGAUGAUCAGUUUGUGCGGUGGUUCCGUGAGGCCUGGCCUUACUUGUGGGCUCACGGAGGUGGUACCUUUGUUGUCAUUAUCUCUGGUGAAAUUGUUGCUAGCCCUCACUUGGACCCUAUUUUAAAGGAUAUUGCUUUCCUUCAUCAUCUGGGUAUAAGGUUUAUUCUUGUUCCGGGGACCCACGUGCAAAUUGACAAACUUCUUGAAGAGAGAGGAAGCGAGCCUAAGCAUGUCGGGCAAUACAGAAUUACUGAUACUCAGUCUCUAGCAGCAGCAAUGGAAGCAGCUGGGGGUAUCCAUGUCAUGCUAGAGGCAAAGCUUUCUCCAGGACCCUCCAUGUGUAAUAUUCGUCGACAUGGUGAUAGUAGUCGUUUGCAUGAUGUCGGUGUUAGUGUAGCUAGUGGUAACUUUCUCGCAGCAAAGAGAAGGGGAGUUGUUGGAGGUGUCGAUUAUGGGGCAACAGGUGAAGUUAAGAAAGUAGACGUGUCUCGAAUGCGUGAAAGGCUUGAUGGUGGCUGUAUUGUUAUAAUGAGCAACCUGGGCUAUUCCAGCACUGGGGAAGUUUUAAAUUGCAACACUUAUGAAGUUGCAACAGCUUGUGCAUUAGCUAUUGAAGCCGACAAACUUAUCUGCAUUAUAGAUGGUCCAAUUCUGGAUAAAAGUGGCCGUCUCAUUCGCUUCUUGACUCUUCAAGAGGCAGACAUGUUGAUUCGUGAACGUGCUAAACAGAGUGAGAUAGCUGCUAGCUACGUGAAAGCUGUUGCCAAAGACGAUCUAGCUUCUCUUGGUCGUAGUGGUUAUAGCACUUCUCUACAAAAUGGCAAUACUCUGAAGGGAAAGCAUACUGGAAUGUUUCAUAAUGGUGUUGGUUUUGACAAUGGGAAUGGACUAUGGUCAGGUGAACAGGGUUUUGCUAUUGGAGGUCAUGAGCGGCAAAGUCGACUAAAUGGUUACCUUUCAGAAUUGGCCGCUGCAGCUUUUGUUUGUAGGGGAGGCGUCCAAAGAGUGCAUUUAUUAGAUGGCACCAAAGAGGGAGUUUUGUUGUUGGAAUUAUUUAAAAGAGAUGGAAUGGGGACAAUGGUGGCUAGUGACCUUUAUGAAGGAACUCGGACAGCUAGGGUGACAGAUUUAUCUGGAAUAAGAGAGAUUAUACAACCUUUAGAAGCAUCUGGCAUAUUAGUCCGCAGGACUGAUGAAGAGCUACUUGAAGCAUUGUGUAAUUUUGUUGUUGUGGAAAGAGAAGGCCAAAUCAUUGCUUGUGCUGCUCUUUUUCCUUUCUUAGAGGAGAAAUGUGGAGAGGUUGCUGCUAUUGCUGUUUCUUCGGAUUGCCGAGGACAAGGGCAAGGAGAUAAAUUACUUGAUUAUAUCGAAAAGAAAGCGUCUGCUCUUGGAUUGGAGAGGCUUUUCUUGCUUACAACUCGAACUGCAGAUUGGUUUGUGAGGCGGGGGUUCUCAGAAUGUUCCAUUGAAUUGAUACCAGAGGAGCGAAGGAGAAAGAUAAACCUGUCUCGUAAUUCUAAGUACUAUAUAAAGAAGCUGUUACCUGAUACUAGUGGAAUUUCCGUUAACAGAGCAUUCAUUUGAGCAACCAACAGCAGAACCGGUAGUGGCAAAUUUGUCAUUUCAGGGAUUUUUGAAAGCUGCCUAUUAAGAAGAUAUAAACGUAGUUAUUUUGGAAUUGUAUAUGCAUUGCCAAUCAUAAAGUAGAUAUUCCAUGUUUCAUGAUUUGAUGAAUUUUCUCUUUUGUGCAACGAGUUUUGUAUCUCAAACGCUCCAUGUUUACGUUACC